AUGAACUUCGACAGAUUGAACCCUCUCUCAAGCUACUUGGCCAGCUAUGGCGGAUAUGGAACGCCAAGUGAGCCGAAUCCCAAGCAUCAAGAACCUUCAAAAGCUCUGGCAGCCUCGAAUAUUUCAUCUCAACUAAGUCAUUUUACACAGAUGGCAACGUCCCAAUUGAGCCAUAUCCCACUUCUUUCAUCUCAUAAUCAGCAGAAUGCAUUGUCGAUUCCUCCGCCGCCAGAAAUCAGCGACUGGGGUAUAGAAGAGUCUGUAUCAUCACCGUCAAUGUCGAACCAUAACUUCUUCCAGAAUCAGCUACAACCCUUGCAUUCUAUCAGUCUGAACUUUGAUGAUGACAUUAAGCCUUACAAUCCUCAUGUACCGCAUCCACGAACAUUUAACCAACUGCAUCAGCUCUAUCAAGCUUACGAAAAUUACGAAACUAAUAGCCAAAACUACGACAACAACAAUCAUAGUAAUAAUAAUAACAACUAUGGCUCUAUUUAUAACACUGCAUACUACCAACAACCAGGAGAACCGGAUUUCUCCGACUAUUAUCACCAGUAUAUACCAUCGCCCUUACAUCCAACAACUGAAAACCUCUCGAAGUAUAUUCACAAAUACUUGUCGCUUCAUGGCAUCGAAAGAACGUUCUGGGAGAAAUUCAAAUAUGGCUUGGUUGUGUCUAAUCUAUUGGACGACACCAUGAUUCUCUCCAAAAGCGAACAGGCACUCUCAAAUCUCAAAGACACAAUUGAAGCUGAAAAGAUUGAGCGCAAGAGCUUUCCACUAGUAAAUACCUUGAAUUGUGAUGGCACUCAGCUUCGUGUUUUGGAAAAAUCGUACAGUCUUCACUACUCAAGGAACUAUGGGAAUUUAAACAAUGUCAUCAUCAUUAUUAACUUGAUUAUCUUCUUGAUGAAACAAGAGCAGAGAAGGCACUUGAAUUAUUCUGCAACCAUGUCGUAUUCAAACCGGAUGAAGAUGUUCAAGAUCUUAUUGAUUAUUUCGACCAAGUUGAUUAAGUUCAAUCGAUUCAAGCUUUUGGUGAUGUCGCAGCUGAAUUUGUCAUAUUUGAAUAGCUUUCUACUUCUGAACUAUUCUAUUAACAAGAAGCUAAUCCAAAAGUUGAUCAUCUUGAAGGAGUUGGAUGUUUACUAUUACGUUAAUCGUAAUAAGGACGAAGCGAAUCAUGAUAGUAAAUCCCGAGAAGUUUACAAAAGUUCUUUGAGAGAACAUCUUGCAAACACAUUACAUUUUUUGAACCUUAAUCUAAGAACUUCCAUAGCGAGAUUAUUGCCCAAUUUGAAUGGGGAUUUAUUUGAGCAGUAUUGCAACCUAAACAAUAUUGAUAUUUUGUUAUUGCAAGAAGACUAUCGAGAUGGGGAUGAGGAAGAAUUAAAUGGAAUGGAUAGCCCAGUCAGUUCUUCCAAGGAAAAAAAUAGCCUCGAUGAAAUUGUAUUCAAUAUGAAUAAAUUUAAUCAGCUAAGGAAGCUUUUCAUUUGUCAACUACUCACCAUUAAUGAAUCAUCGGUAAAGAAAAACUUUUUUAUCUACAAACUUAUGGAUCAAUUCCCACCUAUCAAAACUGAGGAUUGGGAGCGUGAUGACGACAUCACGGCUUUCAACAAUAUUGCUAAACUAGGCUUUAUCAGACAAGUCCUUCAUGACCACAAUAAAAUCACUAAUAGCUUUGUAUUAUUAUUUAAUCACUUUGAUGAUAUUCACAAUAACGAUUCAGCUGCAGUUGAGGUGAACACAAGAUUUAAUAUUUCCCAUGAAAACCAAGAUAUUCUAGCUGUGAGAGCCAACAGGAAUUCCAAAGAAAAACAGGCAGUUGAAAACUCUAAUGAAAUGGAGAACACCGAUAAAUAUCUUGAAUCAUUAAUUGGGAAAGUAAUCAAGCUUGGCACUAAUUUAAAGUAUUUCCAAUCGUAUAAUCGAUCUACAAAGUCGAUUACCAAUGUGGAUGAGUUUAACGAAAAGUUAAUGAUUUUUAAUCAGUUCGAAGAUGAUAUUCAAUCCAUAAAGGAAAUGUACCAUUUAAAUGCCAAAGAACUCAGCGAUAUAGAUGGAUGGACGGGACGGCACGCUUCUCCAGCAGAUUCAAAUGGUACUAGUACGUCGCCACGGAUUCCAUCUAGAGCCAAUAAAGGUGAAUUCAAUUUGAAGACUUUCCAUACUUCUUCCAUUAAGAAACGGUAUUCGUUACCGUCUUCUGUGACGCCCUUGAAAAUUCCUCUUGGAAGUCCUGUUACGCCCAGAACAAGUGUAGUUGACAGCGACAGAGUAUUAUCUCCUGAAGGAACAUCAGGAAAGAAAUAUAAACGGUUAUCAACUGGACUUCAAUUAGGAUUAUUAACUGUAUUUGAGGAUCCUAAACAACUGAACAAUGAAGUUAGACGGAAUAGCGCAGAAAGCAGAAGGUCGUCCACAGUAUCUGCAUCUCGUCGGUCUUCAGGACAAACUAAGACCCAAGUUAAAGGUAAUGGAAAUGUUGGUGUUUCUUAUGACGACAACUAUGUCAACAUUCUUCCUCCUACUAGUUACGAAACGUACAAUCAAGACGCCCUAGACCAGCUAUCAAACAGCAAGAAGUAUAAUAUAACUAGAAACUCCAACCGGUUUUCGCUAAACUCGGUGAAUUCUAACAUCAGUGGCUUGACUGAUUUGAUCAGCUCUACACAUAUCACUUCCUACGAUGAGGAAGACGUUCAAGACGGCUUGAUUAAUGAUUCAAUAAGAGAUAAAAGUUCCCUGCAAAUUUCAAAAGAAGAACUCAAACUCAAAUUGGAAGAAAGUUUCAACAGAAUCUACAACUUAGAAAGCGAGAAUAAGUUGUUGAAGUUGAACAAAAACACAACGAACUCAGAUCACGACACUGUCAAAUUUGACAAUGCUUCCAUGAAUGAGCAUCUGGAGACUUCGGUAGAAAAUAGAGCGUCUCAAGAUAGCUCUAAUGAAUUCGAGGAUUCUGGUUUGGCAAAGCCGUUUUUGACUGAAUUAGAACAAAGCUUGUCUUCACACCAUGGUAUUCAAGCAGCCAUUUCUGAGUCAGAAAUUACAUGA